AUGGCAUUAAACCGUACCUUCAAGCUCAACACAGGCUACGACAUGCCUGCCGUCGGCCUAGGAACAUGGCAAUCGAAGAAAGACGAAGUCCGCGACGCCGUCAUCGCAGCCCUGAAAUGCGGCUACCGGCACAUUGACGCGGCAGCAGUGUACGGCAACGAACAGGAAGUGGGAGACGGGAUGAGAUUGUCUGGGGUUCCGCGGGAGGAUAUUUUCCUCACAAGCAAGCUAUGGAAUACCCACCACCAUCCCGAGAAUGUCGAAGAAGCUGUGGAUAAAUCGCUGGCUGAUUUGCAGACUAAUUAUCUGGAUCUUUAUCUUAUCCACUGGCCCGUCGCGUUCAGAUACUCGACAACAACCAUCCAGCCCGUCAAUGAACAAACGGGCCUCAUUGACGUGGUAGACGUACCAAUCAAAGAUACAUGGGCUGCGAUGGAGAAACUAGUAGAGAAAGGCAAAGUCCGCUCCAUUGGUGUGAGCAACUUUACUCGCGAGAAGAUCGAGGAGUUGCUGAAGACAGCGAAGAUCACUCCCGCAGUCAACCAGAUCGAGGCUCAUCCGUUCCUUCAGCAAAAGGAUUUGCUGGAGUGGUCGACGCAGAAGGGCAUCGUGAUAGCAGGCUACUCCCCCCUAGGCAACAACAUCUACAACAUUCCCCGCGCCGUCGACGACCCCCUCGUCAUAGAAACAGCCAAGAAAUUAAACAAAACGCCCGCGCAAGUUCUCAUCAGCUGGGCGGUUCAACGGGGAACUGUCGUGCUUCCUAAGUCCGUCACUCCGGAGAGAAUCGAGAGUAAUUUCCAAGAUUUCAUCCUUCCCGACGAUGCAUUCUCGACCAUUCAAUCACUGGAACGCCACCAGCGGAUGAAUUUCCCGGCUAGAAUCGGUGUUGAUAUUUUCUCAGAGGUGGGUGAGGAGAGUGUGAGGAAGAGUGCGCUUGCGUGGGCGGAGCAGCAGAGGGUGCUGAAGGCGAAGGCUUAG